CAAUCAUCUAACCCCAUCUUCUCCCCAAAACAGAGCAAGUCAGUGAACUUCAAUUUCUCAGCUUCAAACAACACAAAAAUGCAAACCUUUCGAAGAAUCACAGCAACAGCAAAGCAACUCACAUCAAAUCUCCGAUUACAUUCCACCAUCAAACUCCCAGCAACACUCCGUCAAUUUUCGAGCCGCAAUCCACGGAGCGGCGAAGACGAAUGGAACGAAGCCUGGGAAUCCGCGUGGCUACCACAAGACCUAACACCGAAGACGCGAGCUCCAUGGGAGGGUGACGUGAACUUCACAACAGAAGCGGACGCGGAAACGAAGGCGUUCGUCGAGGAGAUGAACGAGAAUUGGAACGAUAGGAGAAAAGGUUCGAAGAAGGAGAAUAGCGAGAAAGGGGAAGAAAACGGUGCGCUUUAUAGUUUGGAGAAUAUUAAGAAGGAUUAUAGGUUGAAGAAGCAAAAGUUGCAUGCUGGUCUUUGGACUAAGGAGAUUGAGAAACUGGAGGAAGCGAAGUUGGGGGAUUCUGAUGUUCCUGCUGGUGAUGAUGAUAUUCAAAGAUUGCUUAAUAGCUGCUCUGACAUAUUUGACUCCGGCAACAAUGAUCUGAACAAUGCAAAUGUUCAAACUUCUGAGUUCAAAAACAUGCCUGAUGGGUGGGAAACAAUAUCAAAAAGUCAAGAUGGAAAUAUAUGGGAGAUGUCUCAAAGAGAAGAAGAUAUACUUAUGCAGGAAUUUGAGCGACGAAUUGCUUACAGCAAAUUUCAGAUUGCUAGUUUUAUCAAGACUCACAUAUUUAGCCGGAGGAGGCCAAUUGAUGGGUGGAAAUACAUGAUAGAAGUGGUGGGACCAAAUGCUAAAAGAGGGAAGGGAAGUGUUUCUAGAGUUCCCAGUCUCUCUGAUCCCUCUACCCAACCAUUCAGAGAAGAGAAAACUCCAGUUGAUAAGAAUCACAUUCCCCUUGGGAGGAGAUAGCAUGAUCGAGUAGUUUAGGAUAUUCUCUUUUGAUGUGCAAAGGUGAUCAUUUUAUUUAUAACUGCUAGAUCUCAGAUUUGAAUUAAAAGGAUGGUUUCUGCAACUUUGCCGAGCUGCGACAGGAGAGACGGCAGAAAAUCUGGGCUGCAACCGUUGUAUUUUGUUAAAAUUCAAACCAUCAAGGAAGAAUUGAAGAAAGUGACAAUAUGGUGUAAUACAUAGAACCAAAAAGGAAGAUGUUUUUUUAAUUGGAUUUGCAACCAAAGAGUAAGAUGUAUUAUGUACAGUGACUAAAAGACAAUAAUUUGGUUUAUGAAGCUAUGUAUUUCUUCA